AUGACUCCGAAAUCCAAGUCUCCGAGUCCCCCAAAGCCAGUGCCCCUCAGAAAACGCUCCGACUUUGAUCUUGAACCCAAUCCGUUUGAGCAGUCCUUCUCUGCGCCCUCCAACGUCAGAGGUGCCUCCCCCAACACCUCCACCGACACAAAAUCAGAGUCCCCGUCAGAGACUCAAAAGUCCACUUCCCCCCGUCCCGUCCUCCCCCCUCUCGCCUCCAUCAGCAGUCCCGCCGACCAGUCCUAUCCAUGGGCUUUCAACUCGUCGCUCGCAAACUCCCUUCGUUCAGGCCCUCUUUCCCCUGCUAUGCUAGCAGGUCCUCAGCAGCAACAACAACAGGCUCCAUCCCAACACCAUCCUCACCACCAUAUCGAUUUUGAUCCCAACUCGUUUCGUACCGGUUUAACCCCAAGGACAGGGCUUACUCCCAGAACAGGACUCACACCUGGUACCGGUCUGACCCCACUCGUCGGCGGACCCGUCGCUUUCCCUGCUAGUCCCAACACGGCUGCGUUCUUGGCUCUCAUGCACAACAAUCCCCCUACGGGGCCUACGAUCACCCCAAACACUCUCAAUGCCAUAACAGGUGCAUUGAACGCGCAGUAUCAUCCUCCAGACAAUAACGAAAACACGUCCAGUAACGCCUCCAACAACAGUAACAACAACAGCAACAAUAACAACACCAGUAGCGGUUCCUACUUGCAAUCCGCCAACGCCGCUGCAGCGACCGCUGCCAACGGUCUCUUUUUACUGUCUCAAGCUCAUCAAGAGCUUACCAAACGUGAAGAAGAAGCUCGCGCUGCGACGGGUGGUCCUGCUGGUGCUACCAACAACAACAGCAACAACAACAACAACGCAUCGACAUCCAUUGCCUCUAUUGAACCAGCAGGAACAUCGUCAAAGCGAGGGACAAAGCGUAAAAGUUCGAUUCUUCCACCACCUCCCCCACCUUCUAGUCGAAAACGGAGGUCGACGCGGAGAAAGAGCACAGAUGACGAAGAGGAGGAUGACGAUGAUGUCGAUAUGGAUAUGGAUAUGGACGUGACGCCGAUGAUAAGUAAAUCGUCAUCGACGACAACGCAAAAGGGAGGUCAGAAGAAGCCGGAAACGGAAGAAGAAAAGCGGAGAAACUUUUUGGAAAGGAAUCGACAAGGUACGAAUCAUUUCUAUUAUAAGAAUCUUUAUCUAUAUUACAUCUCUUCCCGCAGCCGCUCUCAAAUGUCGACAACGCAAAAAAGAAUGGUUACAAAAACUACAAGCGAAUGUAGAAAAACUGACGACUGA